AUCGAUCUCACCCUGAUGAAUAUUCCGCCAUGGGUUGCUGGCAUUACUCUUGCCAUCGCCUUCUGCGUCACCCUCUUCUGCCUCCGCUCCCUCAAGAUAGCUCGAAGGCGAAAGGAUUUCUACCCUGGGUACCGUAAGAAGGAGAUCGGCUCCGGAAUCAGAGAGGUGUCCAAGCUCAUGGCGGCCCAUCACACCCCAGCGAACAUUUCAUCAACCACCGACGAUUCUGGCCCUGGCACCCCACCCUCCUCUAUUGAGCCACUUGUCGAACCGCUUUGCUCCAAACCUCUGGUCCACCUGAAAGCCUACUUGGACAAACAAACCCACUUGCACGUUCUCCAACACUUCUGCGGUAAACCGCUACCCCACGCUCCAAGCAACCUCAACGACGCAGUCUUCGUCGGCCUCGGCAUGGAGUGGUUCGAGAGAAAGCCCAAUCCCAUCACUGAAAUCGGCCUGGCCGUCAUGCCUGCUUCAGCGCUCAUCUCGUACUCACAAGCCCCAGAAGGCUUAUUCCUCGAUCUCCUGCAGCAUAUUUCAGUGUUUCACUGCCAUAUAAUAGAGACGUGCCAUCUCGUCAAUCAAAUCCUCGCCCCAGAUGCGUCGGACAAUUUCCAGUUUGGCAAAAGCCGCUACACGACGCACAAGGAAGCGCAGCAGGUGUUGAAAUCGAUACUUACCAGUCACACUUACCCCGACGGAACCCCACGCCCCGUCAUCCUCCUCGGCCACGGCCUGCGCGAGGACAAAGCUAAGCUGAGGAAGGAAAUGGGCAUCGAUGUGGACACACUUGAGAAUGUGGUCUUCAUCAUGGAGACCCGACCUCUCGCCGUGGAGGCGAACUUGAUCGAGAAUAAUGGAGGGAAGCUCAGUGAUUUGGUCACGGGGUUUGGCAUUACACCGGUGCAUCUCCACAACGCGUGGAAUGACAUCGCCAAUGCUACAAUUCUCGCACUCCUCAUCGGCUUCAAGGAGAGACUGUUUCCGGAACCACGAUGGAAACAGUGGUUGCCAAACCGGUUUCCAGCGAACCCGACGAUUGACGUUAUCCCAACCGACGACAUUAUGAGAUCCUUCCAGCAGGUUUGCAAGUCCAAGCAUCCUCCUCCCUGGGGAAUCCCAUCGUUCUGCUACCGCUGCGAAGCCACAACCCACACGAGGAUGAAAUGCACCGCCGUCAUCGAACAACCCUGCACACUCUGUCUGGCGGCCCAAGGACCGCGGAACAAGGGAAUCAGGGCGAAGGCGAAACAGCAUCGCGCGGAGAGAUGCGGGUGGUCGGCUUAUAUCAGGUAUGAGGAUCCGCCGGAUUGGGUGAGGACGCUGAGUAGGGUUCAAAGGAAGGAGUUUCAGAUUGCCAAGAGUAGUGAGGAUUAUGAGACACUGGGGAGGCUGGUGUGCGCGGCGUAUCCGAGGCCAAUGAGGGAUGAGAGCUUGGAAGACGAGGAGGGGGAGGCUCUCGCGAUUGGGGCUUCUGAAUCGCCGGAGGAGCGGGCGCAGGAGAGCAAUGGGCGCUUGGAUGACGACAACAACGCCGAGGAGAACCUUGCUAUGCGCGGUUUUGGAUCCCCGCGUGAGAGCGCUGAUUCCAAUUGCGUCGACGGGCACGAACGAUAUUAAAGACAAGGGAAAGCGUUUCAAAGGGAAGGAUGUUCGAACCCGCAGUGUUAAUGAGCGCGCUCAUGGUGUCCAGGUACGCCGCCCAACGGUCAUGAACACAUCGUCGAGUUGCACUCUGUGGGAGAGCGCCACGAUCAAUAACUCGAGCGGACUGGCGUGAUGGGCGUCAAGCUGACUUUGAGCGACGAGCUCUCCAUCGCUGAGGAGUAUCGCCAGGCAAUCGAGCAGGUGUCCGCAGGUUACCGAGCGAUAAUACUCGCGAUCUUUAAAUGACCAUGCGAGAUCACUGAUGUUCGGCUUAUAUGUUGCAUAUUUUGGCUGCGAAGGAUGGAAUUUUCGGGUUACAUAGGUUUUGGUACCGAGGAGACACACCUCGCCUUAGGCGGAAACUGUGAGUUUAUAUCUGGAGGGAAUAUGGUUCUCUGUAUGAUUGGCUACAUACGGGUGUUAAUCUGGAAGUCCAUUAUACAUAGUCAUAAAGCC